AUGACCACAGGACAUUGGGCGACCAUCCACCUAUUUCCCCUCGCCAGUUUUACCAACCCAGCCACGUUUCCUAUAGAUAUACCUAUUCAGCAACAUGAAGCACAGACCUGGCUAAUCUCGAAGCCUGGCUGGCCUCAUAGAGUGCUAGUCGCUACCUUGCAGACGGACACAAAUUUCGAAAUACGCCUGGGCACUUAUGUGUGGAGGGUACAUUCAGACGUGCUUAGUAAAUAUUCUAGAUUCUUCAGCCUUGUUGUCAGUGGAAACUGGCAGGAAACACAAGAUCACUGCGUAUACCUUCACGAUGAUGAACCAUGGAUGGUAGGCAGAACGAUACAGUUCUUUUACACAGGCUCGUACGAUUACACGCAAGCACGAUUCUGCAAGCGACCUGAGAACGGCGACUCAACCCGACCGCAGUCAAAACAAGCGAGCAGUGUAACUCUGUCUCAGAUCAUGCAAACGAACAAGCACGUCGAGAACUAUACUGUUGACAAGCUGAUCGACCGUCGCUGGAGUGCAACAGACACAGAUAUAGAGAUGUACAUCAUGGCCGACAAGUAUGGCAUUGCCAAACUCCGAAAUCGCGUCUUGAAUAGUCUUGGUGACAGGAAGCUGGACCACGAGACUUUGAUCAAGAUCUGCACGACCUCCCUCAAGAUGCUGAUGAAUAGGGACGACGACCUGAAACGUGUCAUAGCACAAAAAGUGGCUGAUAGCUAUAAGAAGCUCAGACGGUGCCACAGCGAAUGGGUUGAAAAUUGGAUUAGGUCGGAUGCUGUUUUUGGCUUACUUGUUCUGGAUUGUAUGGAGCAUGUCGAGGAGCCGCUUGCAACAACUAAGAGAUGGAACGACAGAGACAGGAUAUCAGAAUGGAACUGUCGCCCUAUGCCCACACAUCGACCACCAACAGCAAUUAUGUUUCCCACGUUCUCUACACCUUCGUCCGUGUUGGAACGGUCAGAAGCCGCAAAGUUCGAGCCGAAGCUCAACGAGGCCGAGACAUUGCCGAAGCGCCCUCCUCUUGCGGGAAACUGGAGCAUUGGACGAAUGCUUGCCAUGAUUCUCGGACAUUACUUGACAUGA